GGACUGGGGCAGGCCAGGCCAGGAGGCACCACCUGGCACAGAAAGCUAGGGCAGGAGUGGGGGGCGCUACAGGCUGCUAAGGCAGAACCAUGUGUGGCCGCAGCGGGACUUGGAGCGGGAGCAAAGGCGGCAGAGCCCAGUGGUGUGUAAGGGGUGGCUGGGACAAUCCUGGCUUCGUCGGCCCUCACCGUGCGCUUCCGACGGAGACACCUACGGAUCCAGCUCCCACCCCUUCCACUCCCCCUCCCCCCCCAAGCGGGCCCUUGCUGUCACAGGACAGGGCCGCGGGCGCAGUGGGCCCGGCGCUGGAGGGCCAGGCACGAGGAGGGUGGUGGACCGGGAGUGGGGGCGGUGGUAUGUGUAGUGGGCCCCCCCUUAGUGAAACUAAGGUUGAUGUUGGCCCAGAAUGGAUCAGACCUGUGAACUGCCCAGAAGAAAUUGUCUGCUGCCCUUUUCCAAUACAGUGGAUUUAGAUGCCCCUGAAGAAAAGGACACCCCUUUCGGUAAUGGUCAAUCCAAUAUUUCUGAGCCUCUUAAUGGGUGUACUAUGCAGUUAUCGGCUGCCAUUAAUAGUGGAACAUCCAAAAUUACUUAUGGACAAGAUCCAUCAUCCUGUUACAUUCCACUCCGUCGACUACAGGAUUUGGCCUCCAUGAUCAAUGUAGAAUAUUUAAAUGGGUCUCCUGAUGGAUCAGAAUCCCUUCAAGACCCUGAAAAGAGAGAUUCAAGAUCUGGGUCACUAAAUGUUUGCACUUCCUUGAGUCCUGAUAAUCCAAGAGCACUUGCUAUGAAACAGGAACCCACUUGUAAUGACUCCCCUGAGUUCAAGGUAAAAAUAACAGAGACUGUCAAGAAUGGGAUUCUACACUUUGACAAUUUUGUUUGUAUGGAAGAUGCAGAUACAGAUAUAGAGUCUGAAAUGGACACAGAGCAGCCAGGCACAGAGGAUGACAGUAUAGAUGAAAACUUUUUGAAAACAAGGCAAGACUUAACUAAGACAAAUGCUACCUGCAAUUACAAGCCCCAAUCAGAGAAUGGUAUAGAAGUGCUCAUGGGAAUUGAACAAGACAGCCCAACAGAAAGUUGUGAAAUAAAGUCACCAGUUUUACUAUUAGCUCCUCAAAAUGAAAUGCAGAAAAAUAAUCAAAGAACUGCCAUGGACAGCAGAAUUGAAAAACCAGAGCUUCACCCAGGCCCCUGUUCACUAGGAGAUACAAAUAUUACAUUAGAAGAACAAUUAAACUCCAUAAAUUUAUCUUUUCAGGAUGAUCCAGAAUCCAGUACCAGUACAUUAGGAAACAUGAUAGAAUUACCUGGAACAUCAUCAUCAUCUACUUCACAAGAAUUACAAUUUUGUCAACCCAAGAAAAAACCUGCUCCCUUGAAAUACGGAGUUGGACAACUUGUCUGGGCAAAAUUCAACAGACGUCCAUGGUGGCCCAGCAGAAUUUGUUGUGAUCCAUUGAUUAACACUCACUCAAAAAUGAAAGUUUCCAGCCAGAGGCCUUAUCGGCAGUACUAUGUGGAAGCCUUAGGAGACCCUUCUGAAAAAGCCUGGGUUGCAGGAAAAUCGAUUGUCCUAUUUGAAGGAAGACAUCAAUUUGAAGAACUUCCUGUACUGAGGAGAAGAGGCAAACAGAAAGAAAAAGGCUAUAGACAUAAGGUUCCUAAGAAAAUCUUGAGUAAGUGGGAAGCCAGUGUUGGACUUGCUGAGCAGAGGGAUGUUCCUAAGGAUUUUAAAGUCAGAAAGCGUAUCAGAACGUCAGCGAAGCUAGACAGUGAGGAAGACAUGCCCUUUGAGGACUGUACAAAUGAUCCUGAAUCUGAACAUGAACGAGUACUAAAUGGCUGCCUGAAAUCACUAGCCUUUGACUCUGAAACCUCUUCAGAUGAGAAAGUGAAACCGUGCACCAAAUCUCGAGUCAGAAAGAGAUCCACAAGCCUCAAACGGACUAGUAUUAAAAAAAGUAGCUCAGCAUUUGAAUCUCAUAAGGAAGAAAGAAGGGAAAAGAUUACAGAGACUCUUGGCCUGAACUAUAUUUCUAGUGAUGUGUCUGAUAAGCAAGCUUCUACUGAACUGUGCAGAAUAGCAAGCAGUCUUUCAGCAGCAUCCAACACCACAACAAACUACUUGUUUUCUUCAUGUGGGAAGACCACUACGAAAAAAGAGUUUGAGACUUCAAAUUGUGAUUCUCUGCUUGGUUUGUCAGAGAGUGUUUUGAUUUCUAGCAGUUCUGUGGAAAUAAAGAAACCUCUCCGCAGCAUGGUUCACAGUGCAAAGCCAUCCCGAUUGUGCUAUAUCAGCGCUGGUGAUGAGGAAAAGAGAAGUGAUUCAGCCAGUUUAUGGACCACCUCUGAUGAAGAGAGCAGUGACAGUGAUCUGGACCUCAUUGACCAAAGUUCAGAGUCUGAUGGAAGUGCUCUGGAAAUCAGUGGCUCUUUUGAGAAAAAUGAAAGUGAGUCGCCUAUGGAGAAAAAUGAAAAGGUUCAGUAUUCCAGGUAUCGCACAAAGAACAGUAGGGUAAAAGCAAGAAAGAGGUCUAGAAAAACUAGUUCGCACCUAGACCACUUGUUAGAUUGUACUAAAGCUCCUGAACCUGGGAGUGAAGAAUCUCAAGGUGCUGAUUCUGAUUCCAAAAUGCCCAUCAUUGCCAGAAAUGACAAUCUUUCCACCAAAUAUACCAUGCCACAAAGCAUUUCCCAUGAGAAUUCUUUUGUAAAGAGUGGGCUCACUAAUCAACCUCUGUUACAAUCAAAACAUAACAAACAGCCCAAAGCCAGAAGUAUAAAAUGCAAACACAAAGAGAGCCCUACUGCAGAACAACCGUCAGUUUUAGAUGAAGAUUUCAGCUUAAAGUGCUGCUCUUCUGAUUCCAAAGGGUCUCCUUUAGACUGUGUUGUCAAUAGUGGGAAGCUUGAUAGUCUAAAACUACUGAGCAACAUGCAUGAGAAACCCAGAGAUCCUGCAGAAAUUGAAACAGUUGUUGUAAAACAUGUCCUGUCUGAGUUGAAAGAACUGUCAUAUAGAUCCUUAAAUGAUGACUUAAAUGACUCUGGUUCAUCCAAAAUAAACAAACCUUUACUUUUCCCUUCUUCCUCUGGUCCAACCUGCUUGCCGAUUGAGCCAAAUUACAAAUUCAGCACCUUAUUGAUGAUGUUGAAAGAUAUGCAUGAUAGUAAGACGAAGGAACAACAGCUAAUGACUACUCAAAAUGUAGUUUCCUAUCGUAGUCCUGGUCUUGGGGACUGUUCCAGCAGCAGUGCUGCAGGUGGCUCAAAGUCCCUGGUUUCAGGAGGCUUGACUCAUAAGACAGAAAAAAAUGGGAAUUGUAUUCAGGACUCAGUCUGUCAAAACCCUGGUGGGAGUGAGUCUUCUCUCACCCAGGAGUCAUCUGGAUCUUUAACUGGAUUGCUAUCUAAAAAAAGAAGACUCACUGCUUCUAGCAGACGGCGAGCAAAUUCUAUCACCCGGCGAAAUUGUGCAAGAUCCAAGUCAUCCAAACUGCAGGAUGGCUUUUUGGCCCAAAUGGGAAAAGACACUAUAGAGAGCAAAGAUUUAAAAUCAGAAAAGAAAAGGAAGCUAAACCAGCCACCCAAUAUGACCAUUGAGACUGCACUGGGUGAAUGUAAAGAAGCUCCAACUUCAGUAAAUAAGUCUCUAAGCAGCGGGCCUGCAGAUUCAAAAAGAAAGCAAUCUCUUCAGUUAAUGGAACAUUUAACAGGUGAAGACUGUGCACAUUUUUCUGAUGUCCAUUUUGAUCCUAUGAUUAAAAAACCUGAAACUGAUAAAAAUCCUGAAAAGUGCCCCUCUUUUGAAAAUGGGGAAGUCCUAGAGCUGGACUCUGAAAUGAACAGUGAAAGCUCCUUGAGUGAUGAAUCUAAUGAUGUAAACCAUGUGGCACCAAAAAAGCGGUGGCAACGUUUUAACCAAAGCAGAGCUAAAACCAGUAAGCGCAUCAGUAGAUCUAGUAGAGAAAAGAACUCAAAGAGUGCCUUUGGGGGCCUGCACCCUUGUGACUUUCUGCUGGAGGGGAAUGAGGGCCCAGAGGAUAGGCCUUCCAGCCCUUCUAAGGUGCUAGAGGAAGAAAAGAAACAGAAGUGUGAGGGUCACCUAGACAUAGUUGUGCCACAGUUGAAUGUGUGUGAUAAGCCAAACAGUGAUGGGCUGCCCAGGGAAUCAGGGCUUUCCAAUUUUCCUCCACAGCCUGAGCUCAACACACAAGUUGCGCACUCAGAGAAGAAACGUCUUAGGAAACCAAGCAAGUGGCUUCUGGAAUAUACAGAAAAAUAUGACCAGAUAUUUGCCCCCAAGAAAAAACAAAAGAAGGUACAGGAACAGUUGCCAAAGGUAAGUUCCUUAAAAGAAAAUGAAGUUCAGACUACACAGUGUCAACCUAGCACUGAUCUCCAGAAUAAGCCAGUGGAAGAGAGCUCUUCAACCAAAGAGGAUCCGCCUGUUCUUGAGAGAGAGGCUCCAUUUUUGGAAGGACCAAUAGGUCAGUCUGAACUUGGAGGUGGAAAUGCAGAAUUGCCAGAACUGACCUUGUCUGUGCCAAUCACACGUGAAGUUUCUUCUUGGUCUUCACUGGAUUCAGAAGAGCCUUCAUUGAAACCAAGAAAUUAUGAAAGUAAGCGUCAGAGGAAGCCUACAAAAAAGCUCCUUGAAUCCAAUGAUUUGGACCCUGGAUUUAUGCCCAAGAAAGGGGAUUUGACACUCCUUAGAAAGUGUUAUAAUACUGGUCACUUGGAGAAUGAUAUUUCUGGAUCAUGUACAACGCUUACAUCUUUGGAGUUUGGUGAAGGUACAAACAAGGUCUUUGAAAAACAAAGGAAGCGAAAGAGGCAAAGGCAUGUUGCAGCACAUUGUAAGAAAGUGAGAAAUGAAGAUUCUUCACGGGAGGCUCAAAAUUCUGAGGGAGAACCAAUUACUCCUGGUACUACUGCAAGCCCGAAAGAUUCCAUAGAAGAGAGUGUGGAACAUGAUCAUGGGAUGCCUGUAUCAAAAAAGAUGCAGGCUGAACGUGGUGGAGGAGCAGCUCUCAAGGAAAAUGUUUGCCAGAAUUGUGAAAAAGUGGGUGAGUUGUUGCUGUGUGAGGCUCAGUGUUGUGGUGCUUUCCACCUGGAGUGUAUUGGCCUGACAGAGAUGCCAAAAGGCAAAUUUAUCUGCAAGGAAUGUCGAACAGGAAUUCACACCUGCUUUGUGUGUAAAACCAGUGGGGAAGAUGUCAAAAGGUGUUUGCUACCUCUUUGUGGAAAGUUUUACCAUGAGGCCUGUAUACAGAAAUAUCCACCAACUGUUCUGCAGAACAAGGGUUUUCGGUGCUCUCUUCACAUGUGUAUAACCUGUCAUGCUGCUAAUCCAGCCAGUCUUUCCGCAUCAAAAGGUCGCCUAAUGCGUUGUGUCCGGUGUCCUGUGGCUUACCAUGCAAAUGACUUCUGUCUGGCUGCAGGGUCAAAGGUUCUUGCAUCCAAUAGCAUCAUCUGUCCUAAUCAUUUUGCCCCUCGGAGAGGUUGCAGGAAUCAUGAACAUGUUAAUGUUAGCUGGUGUUUUGUAUGCUCAGAAGGGGGCAGUCUUUUGUGCUGUGACUCUUGCCCUGCUGCAUUUCAUAGAGAAUGUCUGAAUAUUGAUAUCCCUGAGGGCAACUGGUAUUGCAAUGACUGUAAGGCAGGCAAAAAACCACACUACCGAGAAGUUGUCUGGGUAAAAGUUGGCCGAUACAGGUGGUGGCCAGCUGAAAUUUGUCAUCCUCGAGCUAUUCCUUCCAAUAUUGAUAAGAUGAGACAUGAUGUGGGUGAAUUUCCUGUUUUAUUUUUUGGUUCUAAUGAUUAUUUAUGGACCCAUCAGGCUCGAGUCUUUCCCUACAUGGAGGGAGAUGUCAGUAGUAAGGACAAGAUGGGCAAAGGAGUUGAUGGGACAUAUAAAAAAGCUCUUCAAGAAGCUGCUGUCCGUUUUGAAGAAUUAAAGGCCCAGAAGGAGCUGAGACAGCUCCAGGAAGACAGAAAAAAUGACAAGAAACCACCACCCUACAAGCAUAUCAAGGUAAAUCGUCCAAUAGGCAGAGUUCAGAUCUUUACUGCAGACCUGUCAGAAAUUCCCCGUUGUAACUGCAAAGCUUCAGAUGAAAACCCUUGUGGCAUUGACUCAGAGUGCAUUAACCGCAUGCUCUUGUAUGAGUGCCAUCCCACUGUCUGUCCUGCUGGUGGACGCUGCCAGAACCAAUGCUUCUCAAAACGCCAGUAUCCUGAGGUUGAAAUCUUUCGUACAUUACAGCGAGGCUGGGGCUUACGGACAAAGACGGAUAUUAAAAAGGGUGAAUUUGUAAAUGAGUAUGUGGGAGAACUAAUAGAUGAAGAGGAGUGUAGGGCCCGAAUCCGUUAUGCCCAAGAACAUGACAUCACCAAUUUCUACAUGCUCACUUUGGAUAAGGACCGGAUUAUUGAUGCUGGCCCCAAAGGAAAUUAUGCUCGGUUUAUGAAUCACUGCUGCCAGCCCAACUGUGAAACUCAGAAGUGGUCUGUGAAUGGAGAUACACGGGUUGGGCUUUUUGCCCUAAGCGACAUCAAAGCGGGCACUGAACUCACCUUCAACUACAAUCUAGAGUGUCUAGGGAAUGGAAAAACUGUUUGCAAAUGUGGAGCACCAAACUGCAGUGGUUUCUUGGGUGUUCGGCCAAAGAAUCAUCCUAAUCCCACAGAAGAGAAAUCCAAGAAACUAAAAAGAAGACAACAAGUAAAGCGCCGAUCCCAGGGUGAGAUUACAAAGGAGCGAGAGGAUGAAUGUUUCAGCUGUGGGGAUGCAGGGCAACUCGUAUCCUGCAAGAAACCAGGUUGCCCCAAAGUCUAUCAUGCUGACUGCCUCAACUUGACAAAAAGACCUGCAGGGAAGUGGGAGUGUCCAUGGCACCAGUGUGACGUUUGUGGAAAAGAAGCUGCAUCUUUUUGUGAGAUGUGCCCUAGUUCCUUCUGCAAACAACACCGAGAGGGAAUGCUGUUCAUCUCUAAAUUGGAUGGUCGCCUGUCUUGCACAGAGCAUGAUCCAUGUGGCCCCAACCCUCUGGAGCCUGGGGAGAUCCGUGAGUACGUGCCUCCCCCUGUGCCGCUGACUUCAGGUGCAAACACUCACCUAGCAGAGCAGCCUUCUGAGAUUCCUGCUCAAAGACCCCUGAUGGUGGACAAAGCCCCUGGGGCAAUGGGCCAAAGGCUCCAGCUAUCAGAGAAAACAUUAGUAGGAACAUGUCAGAGGCCACAGUUGUCUGAUAAACCACUUGUGAUGCCUGACUCCACGCCCCAGUCACCAGAUAAGAGCCCUGGAGUAUCAGGUCCAAGACCUCAGCCCUUAGAAGUAGGCCAGAGGCCAGCAGACACAUCUCUUGUAGUGACAAGCCCCAGACCUCAACUGUCUGACAAAUCUUCUCAAGCACUGUCAGGCUCCAAAUCCCCACCAUCAGUCAGGUCCUCAGUAGCAGCUGGCCUCAGGUCCCAACUGUUGGACAGACCUCUAGCUUUAGCAGGCCCAAAGCCUCAAUCUUUGGAUAAGUCCUUGAGUACUAUCAGCUCAAAGUCUCAGCAACCAGAUAGGCCUGUAGUUACUACUGGACCAAGACUCCAGCCAUCAGACAAGUCCCCAAUCACAAAUGGUCCAAAGCCCCAGACCUCAGACAAGCCCCUUGUCCCUCUGGGCCAGAGACUCCCACCUUCUGAAAAAGUGCUGUCAGCUGUGGUCCAGAACCUUGUAUCUAAUGAAAAAGCACUAAGGCCUGUGGACCAAAAUACUCGGCCAAAAGAUCGAGCUACUAUGGUUCUUGAACUGAGUCCUCGUCAAAAGGAACGAGCAGCUUCACCUCAUGAAAUUACACCCCAGCCCACUGAAAAAUUACCAGUGCUGGAGCAGAGUCCCUGGCCUGUUAACAAAGCACUGGGACAAAUGCCUCGGGCCGCUGAGAAAGUUCACCCUUCCGAAGCAGUCCUCCAAGCAUCUGGAAGAGCUUCAGCCCCUGUGGAGCACACCUGGCAGGCUGGCAAAACACUCAUACAAGCCAGACUGAUCCCUCGGCCCCCUGCCAAGGGUUACUUGUUUGAACAGGCUCCUCGGGCCGCAGGACGUGUACCUGUGUCAAUGGAGCAGAGCUCUGGGUCAUUCGGCAAAGCCCUAGCCUCAGGAGAACCCAUGGCUGGAUCCCCACAAUCCCCAGGGCUUGCCACAAAAGCAACACCAUUGAUGGUGCAGUCCCCUAGGCCCCCUGUCAAAUCACCAGACCUUGGUCCCCCAGCAGAGAAACGGUUAGCAAUGACAGAGCACCCCCCCUGGGCCCUGGGGAAAUCCCCAGCAGGGCCCACUCCCUGGCCUGCAGGCAAAGUACUGACUGCAGCCAAGCUGAGUCCUGGUCCUAGUGGGGCAGACCAGCCAUUGGCACAGACUUGUCGGUCACCUGGGAGUCCACAGACAUUGGCACAGACUUGUCGGCCCCUUGGCAAAGGGCUAAACAAAGGGCCAGACCCUAAGCCUGAGCAAAGUGCAGUACCAGCUCUUAACCAGACCCCUUCCAACCAUGAGCCUGCAGAGUCAAAACAGAAGUGAUGAUAGUAGUAAAUGCCAUGUGGCCAGACAAGGCUUGCCUGCUGGGGUACUGUUUGGGGAGGGAAGUCUUUUCUUUCUCUCUCUUUCUUUUUAAAAAAAAACAAAAACAAAAACAAAAAAAAAACCCUUUUCCAUUGUCAUCCUUCCUAUAUCCCCCUAACUCUGAGAGACUCUUGUGACCUUAGUCAGUGGGGGUGACUUGAGUUAUCCAUGUACCAAAAUCUAUAGGUGAGGGGGGGUGCACCCAGAAAGACAGACUGUGGUCCAUUUUCCUUCUUUUUACACAUGGUAAACUUGAAAUAAAAAUUCCACUCUGGAUUCAAGCACGGAAUUCAGUUCCAGUGGUCAGGUUGGAAAGAUAGUGGGUCUUUUCCAGGCUUUUGGAGGGGAGGGAACUUCUGUUUGUGGGAUCUUGAAACAUCCCUUAAGAGAAAGUGAUGACCUUUCAUUCAUCUCUUACCCUUUCGAGAAACUUUGACCAGGAGGGAUGUGGUGAUAUCAAGACGGUGGACCCUCAGCUUCACUUGUCUCUUGCAUUUUGAUGCUCCUAUCCCGCAGAAGUGGUUGUGUUGUCUGACUAACUCAUGGUUGGUGGGUCCUAACAGGCCGCAGGCCAGGUGUGCUUUUCACAUAGACAGCUCACUCCAGGGUCCAUUUUUGAGAGGGGUACAAUGAGAAUGCUACAGUGGGUUGCCCAUUGGACAGCUGCUAUUUGUAGCCAUACGAGUCUAAGCCCUCAGUUUUUCCCUUACAUGAACUUCUUAGAACAGGUUGAUGUGCCUCUACAUGAGUAGUUGGGCAGAGGAGAUGGGCUUGAGACUAAUAGCAGUGUCUCUUAUUAAUGCCCUGUCCCUAAAACAGGCUUCUCCCUCUGUGCUCACCUUCAGCAAACACUCAGGUGCUUUGGAACUAAAUGUGUCUUGUGUUAAGUCUCAGUGGAAGGAAGUUUGCCAGGUUAUCAGUGAGUUCUGCAUCCCACAUCCUUGCAGGAAAAAUAACCACUUCUGCAUGUUUCCUUUGUGUUGAAUAAUAGAAUAUUUCCUUACUCCAACCAUGAGAUAAGGGCCCUAUUCAUCUAAGGGGAGGCACCAAUUACUUCCUCCUUUCUACACUAUGGGGUGGGCUCCAUCUAACUCUCAGCAGAGAAUAAUUUUGCUCUUUCUUGUGAGAGUUUGCUUUGCUGAAUGAGGUCAAAACUGCAUCUGGUCCCAUGACUUAGGACUAUCCAAGCCCCUAGAAGAACUGAGACUGAGGAGACAUGGUGUAGAGCAAUGUCCAGGAUAGACAACUCCUUAAAACUGCUGAUAAUCUUACUGCUGCCCUGAACUGGGAACAGAGGGACUGGGAAAACUGUUGGUGCUACCCUUCCCCGUGGUUAGCCCAGUUCACUGACUGCCAGCAAGAAGUGCUGUUUGGCCAGUACUCUUCCCUUGCCCUCCCUAGCCCUCUCCUCUACCUGUAACAAACAUUACCUCUGUGCUUUGCCAACUGGAGAAGCCUUUAGCCAAUAGGCACUCUCAGCCAUUCUGUCCUAGCAAUGGCUUUUAUACACCCUAUUAGGAUUCUUUACUUUGUCCUAAUUCCCAUUCUAAAUAUUUCCCCUUGGGAAUUGGGAACCUCUUGGUAGGUGAGUUGACCUCCUUCAUUCCAGGAAGGGAAAAAUGAGUGGGAAUUUACUAGUUGCUCCCUGGAAUAAAAAGAAUUUUCAAAAUUGGUCUGUAUGGAGGUGGCAUGGUUGAACCUCAUUUCUGAACCCCAGAUAGAGUAGAGGGUUGAGGUUAUUCUUGUAUCUCCCCCUCCCUUCUGAAACAUUUGGCACUCAAAGCUGAAUUGCCCUCCUUAUGGAAUCCUAUCUGAUCAGGCCUCUCUGGCUCGACUGCACAUCUCUCUGGAAGACCCACUAGGCUUUAAUCCCUUGUUGGUUGGUCCUGUGAAUGUGCUGCUAAGCUUCCUUCCAGCAGCACGUGGGGGAAGAAUUUUGUCCCUCCCACCCCUGAAGUCCUCAUGAAAGAGGAGAAAAAUGAAAGCCUUUUUUAUUUCCUUUUUAAAAAUAAUUUUAAACCAUGAAGAUAUAUUUAAAAAAAAUUUCACCCAGAAACACUGAGGCUGAGUAUGUUAAAAUAUUUAUCAUGUGUGAGAAGAAUAAAUAUAUAACUUACAUUUGUAGGGUCUUCUCUACCCUUGACCCCUAGAAUUCUCCUAAACUGUAGUGUUGAUUCUGUAAUCACCCCCAUUCCCUUCCUCCUCUGUUCCCCUUGCACUUGUAGUUGUUUACCAGAAAGGAAUCCAUACUGCACUGUCAGAAUCUAUGUUUCACUUUGUUGUGUGUUUUAAAAAAGAAAGAAAAAAAAAAACAAACAAAAACUACCCUAGCUCUUUGUUUCAUGAAAUAAACUGUGAAUAUUUUUGGUGCAGGCUAUUUAAACAUUUUUUAGUGGAGGAGUCUUAAUUCUAAAGACGCUUGUCCUAUAAGUAGUAUUGCUCAGUAAGUCAGUCAUGUGUCAGAAACUUUGGCUAGGCUCAGGGGAGCAGGAAUGCAGACCUAAAAGUGUGGAGCCCCAGGUAGGCCCUUCGAAUGUUUUCUGUUGAUUAACCUCCUCCUUUUAGACAAGGUCUCACCAUUUUUCCUCCCAAACAGCCAGGUGAGGGAAACAUUUUUAGUUCAGACUUGCAAGCCAGCCUCUGUGGACCAUGCUUAGUGCCUGGGCAGUGCUUUCUUUGAGUGGAUGGUCCCUAUGGCCAGGAGUCUUCUUGGGGAGCAAAGUAUGGGUUGGUGCAUGUCGAUAUGCCCUUUGUUGAGAAGGAUCUAACACUGGAUCAUUAACAGAAAUCAUCACUAGGAGGGUUGAUGACUAGUAAGAAAAUGCCUAUGAAAUCGAAAGUAAGUUUAUGGUCCAUUUUCAACUUGGCUAACCCUAAUGGGUUCCUUCUGAAAUGCCAACAACUGAGGAGGGUCUAAGAACCCUAAGAGCCUUCAUGGACAGAAAAAAAUGGACUCUAAAUGUAAUAAAGAUUCUAAGUUGGUUCAGGACUCAGGGGGUGGUUUUGAUUCCUCAAACAAGUGCUUAAAAAUCACCAGACCUAUAUAUGUUCCCUACCAACUUCAGCUUUCCCUCCACCAUACAGUAAUGAUGAGCAGACUUCUGGGAGAAGGGGGUAGCCCUUGUAAUUACAGCAGAUCCUGUUUGUACUGGCCUUUAGAACCCCAGCUCCCUCUACUGUCACUGAAUCCAAAGUUCUUCCCAUUGUGAUCAUCUCUCAAUACUAAUUAUGGUCACUGAAGCACCCAGGAGUUUGUUAUCCAAAAAUUCCUUUAGAUAUUAAUUUAAUUCAUUAUUUGCUGCUUUACUGCUAAAAAGCUAGAGAAUAAGGAAGUCCCUGGAGAUGGGUGGUGGUGGUGAUAAAAGUAAAUCUUUUUAAUUUUCUAGCUGGAAAUUAGUACAUUGAAACGUUAUCAGGGAUUCUUUACAAAGAUAGCUAUAGGUAAAUUUCCCAAGUGCUGUGACCUGGUAAGUAGCAAGAUCAUUUUGGAGGGCAGCUGGAGAGAGUCCCCUUCCAUUUUGACACCCUUCACAUUAGCAUCGCCUUUGGCAGAGAUAAGGAGAGAGGACUUGGGUGAGUUAACUGUAUGCUCUGAUCUACUGCACUUUUUGUACAGGUUCCAAUCCAUGGCUUCCCUCUCAGAGGCUCUCGUUGGAACAUUAUGAUCCUGACUCGAGACCCACCAGCCAAAUGGCUGAAGUUGACUUUGUGAUCUCUACAUUUCUAAUUCCUGCUGGCUUGGGUGCUCUCUAAAGUGACAUUUGAGAAGCUAGUAAUGGGAAAGGGCCUGCGGUUCCUGCAUACCUACUGAGGGGUGGAGUGAUGGGCUUGGAGGGAUUUGUCUUGCCACUUGUAAGACAGUCAGGCCCUGCCAGCUGUUCAGUGUUUUCUGACAUUCCAGAGUUGUAGAACUAAGUGAUGAAUAUAUGUGGCUGUAAUUGGAUGUGCCUAAUUAUUCUUGACUAAGCUUCCUAGGGUCAACUAGUCCAGAGGUUGCAUUAGUGCGAUAAAUCUGCAUUAAAAUAGUUAAUAGUUAAAUCGCAUUGUACACAAAAUUCAUCUAUGGUGCUAUUUUCCUCAUACAAGCACUGCCAAGGGAUGAGCAAAAGAUGGACAGGAGCUGGUGGUUAAAAUUUUAAAAAUCCCAGGGCUUCCUGUUAGGGGGCAAGAAGCUUCAUACAAAAAAGAAAAAGGGCAUCUUCUUUAGUUUGAGUUCAUGUGAGCCAGGUGGGAGGAAAAGCAAGACUUCCCCCAAAGAUCUGCCCUCAGCACCGCUGGGGCUAGUACCAACUUUGCAAAGAAUUUAGAGAAACUUGGGACAAUUGCAAAGGGACCUCCCUUGUUCUAGUCAAUGGGAUUUUCAAGUUGUAGCAUCACUGGGCCCACAAAAGGGAGACUACACCUGUGCUCCUAGAGAAAAUGCAUCUGCUACCUUCCUUUGCCAGAAAGUAAGGCCCUUCUUUCUCUUCCCCCUCCAGAUUGAGCAGCCCAAAGUCAGUUUCUUUUAUCUUCUAGACCAGGUGUGACCCGUCUAGUAGCAGAGAGGGAUUGCUUGGUGCAGGGCAAGGAUGGAAGAAAAUAGACUGGUAUUAAACACAGAAUGAGCAUAAGAAACUACUUCAAAAUAGCACUUGGAGGAGAAAUGUUUGAUACAAACAGAAGCAAGAAACACUGUUUCCUGUUCUCAUGUGGUACCUUCUCACAGUGCUUUCCUGUCCUUUAUUCUGCUACUUAAGUAGGGGCUUUUAGAGACAGGCACUGAUGCCUCUGGGCUUUAAGAGUUUAUUAGGAGAGGACCCUGACCUCCCCACUCCCCCAAAGUCAAGUGAGAUCUUGCAAACUUGUUAAAGGCAAUGAUGGGGUCAAAGGCCACUCACAUGCAGAUUUGGGGAUGGGAACAGGACUGGUCUGCACUUGGUGUUCUGGUGCUUAUUGUGUGUGCGUGUUGUGGGAAGGGUGUUUCAAUGGGCGAAAAGGCACACAGAAGUUUUGUCAAAGACCAGCUCACUCAUCAUAGCUCUCUAGUUCUCAUCAAGGGUCUUGGCAAAGAACACAUUAAAAAGAAGCUGACAAUAGAGAUCUAUAUAUAUAUAUAUAUAUAUAAAUAUAUUUUUAGGAGAGGGAAAAGGGGGGAGAGAAAGCCUUGGACCAUUGCUUAGUUUCUUUUUGCUCCCCUUAGACUGUCGGCUGUCUGUAAGUGAAAUGAAAAAAGGGGAGCCCUGCUCUAAGAGCCCCCAUGAUAUGUACUGUAAUUCUUUGUAUAUAGAAGAAAAAAAUUACUGUAAAGUAAAGUUUAACUUUACUCUUA